UGGAUGCAACCAGGAUACCUACUUUUGCUCUACUUAUUUCCUCUUAGGGUCGAGUUACUUACGUAAAAGCUGCAAUGCUUGCAUUCUACCUCUUGACUUUUGCUGCCACCAUCCAAGCCCACAACCAGCUAUUACAAGGCUCCUGCAACUUUGAGUCCAACACCUGCGGAUACACGUCAGAUGCAGACUUUACGAGCUGGACACUGCAUAAAGAUGGCCGUUUUGUUGCAUUGGACACAGCCGUGAGUGAUGACCAGGAUAAAACGGGGCCCCAGAGAGAGAUCACAGGGGUCCUGCUGAGUCCGGCUCUGGAGCAGGACGAGUGGAGCUGCCUGAGGCUGGUCUACCAGAUCACCGGCUGGGGGAGCCUGGAGGUCAGCCAGCGCACGGAGGGAAAGAGCUUUGACAGGCCGCUGUGGAGCAGCCAGGAGCCCUCUGACAGCUGGGUCAUCUCAAGCAUGGAUCUGCAAGGCAGUACUGAGCCUUAUAGGGUUGUCAUCGAAGGUAAACCUGGACGCAGCGCUGGGAGCAGCGUGGCCAUCUUUGAGAUCCACAUCAUCCCUGGAUACUGCCUGGAUUGUGAUUUUGAGGAGUCUCACCUUUGUGGAUACAGUAAUCAGUGGAACGCCAAUGUAAACUGGUAUGUGGGAGGAGGCGGGACCCAGAUCCUUAACAACAACAUACCCAAUGACCACACGUACAACAACAGGACAGGUCACCUGAUGUAUGUGGACUCUGUCUACACCAAGACUUUCAAAGAAGUGGCCAAACUAGUGUCUCCCAUGACAACGGUGCCGAUGUCAGGCUGCCUGAGUUUUCAGUACCAGCGCAGCGCGGAGAGAGGGAGCCUGUUCUCUGUUUUCACCAAGGACCGACUGGGUCAGUACCAGGAGCUGUGGAGGGCGGGGGCAGAAAACCAGAGCGAUUGGCGUGGGACGCUCGAAGAAUGGAUACCUGUGCAGGUGGACCUGAAGGCACCAUACUCUGUACAGGUGGUCUUUGAAGUGUCCUUUAACAGCCCAAGAGGCGGACGUGUUGCAAUCGAUGACAUUUCCUUUUCUCCAGAGUUUUGCAGCACAGACACUGAGCCGACCUUUGACCCCUCCAUCGCCAACUGUGACUUUGAGUCCGGUUUCUGCCGCUACAUCCAGGACCAGGUGAUGUUGUCGUCGUGGAGGAGAGUGUCUGUGACGCCCAACAUAUUUAGGAACGGGGACCACACCACAGGGGCAGGAUAUUUCCUGUUGGCUCACUCCCGGCUGAGCCCACGCUUUGGUUACGUUAGCCGCCUGAUGGGUCCCACUCUGCCUGGGAACACAAAGUACUGCCUGAGAUUCUACUUCUCCCUGAGGGGUUACAACCAGACCGACCAGGCUCUCGCUGUGCAUCUGCAGCACGGCAGCGUCCAGGAGAAGAUCUGGACUCAGGGGGAGAAGUCCAGGGAGAUCUGGAUCACCACGGACAUCACCUUCCAAACAUCCCAGCCUGCCAGGGUGGUUUUCGUCAGCACCUGCAGGAGCUUCUGGGACUGCGGCUCCGUGGCUCUGGAUGACAUCAGUGUGAGUCUCGGAGACUGUGAGCUGACAGCAGGUCUGUUGUCGCCAUCUCUGCCAGGAAACUGUAACUUUGAAGCGGGCCUGUGCGGCUACACUCAGGACAGGCAGAGUGAUGGCGCUGACUGGGAGUGGAGGAGAGGACCCACCCCGACCUCGUACACCGGGCCAAGAGGAGACCACACCACGGGACUCGGAUACUACCUGUACAUGGAGGCAUCGCCCAUGCUGCCUGGGCAGAGGGUCCGGCUGCUGUCCCGCCCCCUGAGGGGCUCCAGGGGGCCUCAGUGUCUGCGCUUCUUCUACCACAUGUACGGCUCCGGCACGGGUCGGCUCAGCGUUCACCUCCACAGGGACGGAGAGGACGCGUUGCUUUGGCAACUGAGCGGCGAGCAGAGCAUCACCUGGCGGAGGGCCACAGUGGAGUACCAGAGCGACAGCCAGCAUCAGAUUGUGUUCGAGGCGACCAGAGGUUCAUCAGUAAGGAGCGACAUCGCCAUCGAUGACAUUUUCUUGGAAGGCGGACCUUGCCCAGAACUGGAGAUCAAGGCCACCGUGGGAACCUCCAAUGAGAUAGAGUAGAAGGCAAGAGGAAAUCCGCUGCGUAGGAUGCUUGAACCCCGUUUGUUUUUGCACAUUGCAGACUCCCUGACUCCUGCACGUCGACCUGAACACGUCGGAUUGCGGGUGAAGGUAGUCAUGUAAUCCUGUUUUUAACGGAGCAACACAUAUCAGCUGUCAUAGUCGGCAUUUCUCUCAGCACCGUAGCAACAGAGAGAGUGUUUAACUGUGUUCUUCUUCACAUCUAUAUGCAUUAGAUUAAUGCUCAUUGCCUCAAAUAAAGCUUGAAGGUCAUUCGCCA